UGCUUCUGUUUUUGUUUCUUUCUCACUUGUGUUUCAGUAUAUGCCUCCGUAAGUCUGUACUUACUUCCCCAGAGACCAGCCACUCUCUUGCUGUAUGACGAUGUGGUGCAGUUACUGUUGGGUUCUCCAGGAUCCCGGAGACAGCCAUGGGUACAGCUUCAGAGGAGAGCCAUCCGACCACCCCUAAACAGCUCCCAAAUUACCCUCUCUGCAAGGCUCACCUCUUCCCGCAGUCAGUAUGAGCUUGGGGGCUUUCCUUACCCCCUUGCCUUGGAGAACAACUCUACAGGAACCAACAGUAGCUGGGUGGAGCUAACUGCUCUAGCUGCAAUGUGUGCUCAGCUCACUGGGCCCAACGGCACUGAGGUCCAGGUGUCAGAACCCAUUCACAUCUCCAUCCCCCUUCCUUCUGACUCACCUCUCAAGACUGCCACCAGUGUCCCAGUAUGGAGGUUCGAGGACAGGACAGGUUUAUGGGUCAGAAGUGGUGCUGGAUACAUUAAAAAAGAGGGCACUCAGAUGACAUGGAGUUUUGUGGCUCCAAAUUUAGGAUACUGGCUUGCAGCAUUUCCCUCAACCUCAGGAACAGGUCUGAACACCUCUGGUCUAAGGGACAUCACUACCUAUCACACUAUUUUCCUGCUAGCGAUUCUGGGUGCCAUGGCCCUGCUAGUGCUUAUUCUGCUGUGUUUGCUACUGUACUACUGCAGGAGGCGGUGUCUAAAACCUCGGCAGCAUCGGCGUAAUAUGUACCUCUCGUCCACUCUGGAGAGCUCAAAGAGAGACCAGGGCACAUCCACUUCCCACCUAAAUCUCAUCAGUGGUGGACACAUGGAGACAGCAUCCUCGGCCGCCGACCAUGACGGCAUCAAAUCUGACCUUUCCUCCAACCGUGAUCUACACAGCUCUCGAGAGGACUUCUUCAGACAUGGCCCCACCCAGAGACAGCACAACUCCAGGAUAAACGCUGACACAAAGCGAGGAGAGAGUUUCCCAUUGAAGACCACUCGCUCCUCAAACACAGGAACUCGAGACCCGCUCCUGCAGGAUGACUAUAGCAAAGGUUACAGCUCUGCUGAGGACUCUGACGAGCGCAGAUAUCAUCACCAUAAUGCAAAAGACAACCAGGGCUAUUCAUCAGACCCACCGUCUCCACCUCCACUUUUGCCACCAUUUACUGGCCACUAUCAGGAUCACAGUCGGGACAGCAUGCCCCCAGAGUAUUAUGCACCGGCAGGGGAUCACCUCAGUCGGCCCAGUUCUGUAAACACCCAGCCUGGCCAGCUGAUCUUCUGUCAUUCUAUGGAGCAGAUGAAGGAGAGCAUGUACCACAGCAUGGUGCCCACGCUGGUCAUCCCUGCACAUUAUAUGCAUCUGUCCUCUGACCUGUCAGCUGUGGAGCAGGCAAUGGAAAGGCAGCAACAGCUGCAGCAUGAUAUGGAGGGCAUCCAGGUUAGCAUUACGCUGCCACGGCAACAGAGUCAACACCAAAAGCAACAACAACAGCAGCAGCAGGCCAGGCAAGAAAAGGAAGAGUUGUCGUCUAGCCAGCAAGCAGAGGGACCUUCAGAGGAGAACUGGGGAUCGGAACAGUCCACUGCCCCCGUCCGUAUUCCUGUCCUUUUCAAUGACUCCACCAUUGCACAAAUGAAUGGAGAGCUGCAAGCGAUGACAGAGAAGAAGCUGCUGGAGCUUGGAGUAAAGCCACACCCUCGUGCCUGGUUCGUUUCCCUUGACGGACGUUCAAACUCUCUUGUUAGACACUCCUACAUUGAGCUAAGUAAUGAAGCCUUGCGUGCACCCGUGGGCCCCAGCAAUCUAGCCCAGGACCACCGUACUGAAGCACUCCCCGUGAGUUCAGGGAAAUCGACUCACCGGAAACUAAAAGAGGAGGGCAGAGGGAAGGAGGGAGGUGAAAGAAAAGCUCAUGGAAAGAUUUAUUCCAAGCUUCCCGUUAUCGAAACGCCAGACUCAAGCAGCGAGAGCCAUUCAGCUGUGUACUCAACUGAGGAGAACUCCACAGCGCCACUGCUUGACGAGACCUCUGAAUCCAGAGGAGGGACGUUCCCUCGUAAAGGCCGCAGUCGGGAUAACAGCACCCGUAGUAGUGCCAGCGAGGUCCACAGAGACUCUGUCACCAGUCCUGAUGAUGACAAUGAAGCCGACGGCAAAGAUGAUGAUGGAGAGAAUAAGAAGAGCCCCUGGCAAAAGCGUGAAGAGAGGCCCCUCAUGGUGUUCAACGUCAAGUAACACAUGCUGUCCAGGACUGGUUAUGGCACCAUCUUGGCUAUACAUUUUGUUCUUAUAUAUGCUUACUAGUGAUGAAGAUGCAGAGCUGGAAAAGAGUCGGAUGAAAAGCACAAUAAGAGACAUGGCACUUACCUGAGUGAUAAGCCAUAAUUCCAACCAUCAAGACUAGGUACCAAGAAUUAGCGCUGAAUGCCACGUGUAAAGAAGCAUCUGAAGUCCUCACACCCUUUUAGAUGUCCUUCAGAUGGGUUAAACAUCUGAUGUAGUUCUGGCAGCAGUUCAUGAGGCCAGAGGGAGCCAUAACUUUGAAUCUGCACUCUUCUCAAAGAGUUGUCUCGCUUUCCUUAAGUGACACCCAUUUUUUUAUAAGAAUGACCAUGAGCCAUUUUAAACUUGAGACUUUGGGAAGUAAUCCAUAAGCCUUAAAGAGCUUUUUCCUUUUCAAAAGAAAUAUAAAUGAAAAUGAAUAUUAAUGUGAUAUAGGUGAAAAAGAGGGCUGUUGUAAGGAUUGAAAGAUUUUAUCAAUCUAUAAUGACUUUUAUUGUAGUGGUUUACACAAACGUUUAAUUUGUUUAUAUUACUAUGUAGAGCUGAACCAUUAAGAUGUGUGGAAAUCGUAUAUAUUUCAAAAACAGGAGUGAAAUGUUUGCUGAAUAAAUUAGUGCGUUUACUCCAACGUGACUUAUCGAAUCCUAGUGGUUGACACAUAAUGACACUGUAUUUUGUACUAUUGGUAAAAGUUCCCCUUUUGUACUCAACUAAAACCAGUGUUGCCAUUUUUUAGAUAUGUUUUAAGGAGACUGUUUGGGUUAGGAAAACUGCUCUUAGAUAUGAAUAAAAAGUUCUGCAUAUAUACUGUACAGAACACAUUUUGUACGCUGAAUAAGCCUUCCCUGUUGGUUCAGUGCAGCAGUAGGAAUUGUGUUUUGACUGACUUACCUUGGACACCUGUGAAAAUGUUUUCGCAUUAAUCUUUGCUGUAGUGCAUUGGAACGUUUGCCAUAAAUCAGAACCACUGCAAUUCUAUUCUGUUAACUGUGGAAGUACAAUUUUGAACCUUUUUCAUUUAUGGACUUUUUGUGUGUGACUGAAGAUACAGACUGUGCUUGAAAAGGAUGUGCAUGGAUGAAUUUACACAAA